UCACGACGACGACGCGGGAUCAGUAAGCGUCGCGACGCCCGCCGGUGAAGGUGGUAAAAGCGUGCACUGAUCGGUCCAACUUUUCACAUAGUGAACGUUCGAUACAUUGCGGACAUUUUUCUCCGUUCUUUUUUCGAAGAGAAGAAAUGAAAAAAUAUGGACAACAAAACAAAGCAAGAAAUGAAGUAGAUCCUUUCGAAACGUUUUUUCAUCUUUUUAUUGUAUUUUUUUGAGUAUAAGUUCCUCGAUUGCGCGCGAUAUCAAGUGAAGCGCGCUCGCGCGCACGAUUAUGGGGCUAAAUGGGGGCUGAUGGACAUUUUCGAGUGACCUUGUCCCUCAGAAGGGAACCAGCAGCGGGCCCAGUUUAUUGUAAAAUGGAGACCUCCGCAAGAUUUCGACAGCUCAAAACCGUCAAACUCAGCUGCGAGGCUAUGUACCGGCUCGACAUCAGCUUCAAGCCGCCGCAACUGCUGCAAUCGUUGAGCAUUGGAGGGAAACAAGUGGAAGCUAUCGAGCGUGCAAGAGAUGGUACAGCUUGCGCUUACAGCGCUUAUCACAGCACAAAAGGAAUUCCUGCAAGCGCGAGAGGUCAUCGAGAAGAACUUUCGAUAGCUAUGCGGGUUCUUGGCUCUGGUUAUCUUACCACCUGUCUGCAAAUCAAAUAUUACCGUCAGGAUGAUCAGAGUCAUUGCGAAUGGGGAGCUAGAUUGCAUUGUAUCGAGCUUGAUUGUACGAGUGUUGAAGGGAGACUUGUUACAGUCGAUCGAGAAACUUACAGAAAGCUUGGUAUAGAAUCAUAGCGAUUGGAGUUAAUGCCGUAAUGAAGUCGGCAAUUUUUGUAGGUUAAAGGAAAAAAAAAAAAUAUAUAAAAGAUGGGCUUUCCUUACAGCUAGACGGUUUCAAAUCGGAAAUUUACUUAUUGGACGCGAUUUCGAUUUAUUUAUAGCGGUUACAAUUUAUUCGAUCGUACGUAAAAAGGAUUAUUUUCUUUGAAUACAAUUAUUGUCAUUUUCGAAAAACGACAUUGCUUGGGGAUGAUUCUGAAUAUCUUUAAUACGUUUUGCAAGUUCAGCCAUUUUAUUAUUAAACGAUAUAAAAUGUAUUAUCGAGAGAUCGAAUAUAACGAUUUGAAAAAAGUUUGUACGUAGAUGGCAGUAGGAUUAGUGGUAAGAUAUUUAAUUUAAAGGGCGGGAAAGAUCGAAUUCGAUCAUAAGCUACUUUUAUUAGUGCUGAGAAAUAUACCAGAAAAUGUAAGAAAAAAAGAAAAAACUAUGGGAAAUAGCAGAGCAAGAUAAUAUUGUGCUUAUAAUGCUUUCUCGAUGUAUUACCAAAUCGUGUGAAUGGCCGAUAGAACGAAUGUUGCAUGUCUGUAAACGCAAGUUCCGUAAUUUGACGAUCGAAAUGCUUGCUUUGUACGAUAAUAUGUUGUGGCAUGGAAUCGUCUAAGCAAAGUACUCUCUCUACCUGAACGUAGAGUUUAAUACACGACGACGGAAAUAUAUCGUGAAUUGCUGUGCUUUCUUUUAUAUAUAUAUAUAUAUAUAUAUAUAUAUAUAUAUAUAUAUAUAUAUAUAUAUAUAUAUAUAUAUUACACGGUAUGCUUACAAAUGUGAAUUACAAUUGUGAAUAUACAUGUGUGAAUGUAUUACGGUGCUUACUUUUCUAUUCUGCGUCAAAAAUAUUUGGAAUUCUUGAAAAAACGAUCUAAAAUGAAAUAUUAAUAUUUCGUGAAAUUUGAAUGUUCGUAAGAUAUUAAUGUAAUGCGUGAUGUAUUCUAAUAACAUUUAAUGUAAAUGAAUACGAGAAAAAACUUAAUGAUUUUUGAAUAAAAUAAAAGGAAUUAUUGAUUUAAGAAAGAAAUAUUAACACGAUCGUUUUCGCACACAUCGAACAACAUAUCAGUUGGUAAAUUGAAAUAAAAUCGGUAUCAUAAAAUAUUACUUGGUAAUUUUUAAAAUAAUAAUUAUCAAUGUAUUUUCAUCGCAAAACAUUGUAAUAUGUAAGAUUGAAAGAAUCUUCAUAUUCUUUUUCAUAUAUACACUUUUGGCUAUGCUUUUUCGUGCUUACAAAAAAAAAGACCAAUCUAUAUAGAUAUAUAUAUAUAAUGUUGCGAAAAAUCAUUAAAUACAUAAUCAUUUCGAAAUUUAUAAAUAUCAAAUUGUUCUUUAAUAUUUAUAAAAAUAUUCGCUAAUUGUUGCUACGGUUAUCAUUUGAAAUUUAUAUUAUACGAAGUAUUUGCUCUCGAGCUGACCUAAAUCCUUUACUUUAUGAUACCAAUAUGAUUUCAUAUGAAAAAUCUUUUUAAAAUAGAAUAAUGCACGAUAUUAUUUCUAUAGAGUUCUGUUUAACCACUUUCUGUAAAUUUUGUGCAUUAUCCUUAUUACACAGAUCAGAUAUUAACACUAACGUUCAAACCAGCUCAAAUGACCAAACAGUGCCUCUGUGCUUACUACUAAUUGUUCCUAUUCUUUAUUAUUAAACACAAAAAACAUGAAUACCCUAAUGAGUUGUACCUGUGAAUAUAGCACUUAAAUUAUAUGAAAUAUAAAUGUGCAUUGUCACGUAUUAUUUCUUAAAUCAGUAGUAUAAGUUUCUUAAAAUAAAUAUUCUAUUGUAUAAGUAAACUCAUUUUUUAGGCUUAACAAAAAGUCUAAAUAUUGUUUU